CCAACACUGACAUCAAGCGGCUGCCGGGAUCCCUCGCGUUCCGGGGCUGUCCCCGGUCCCCGUGCGCCGGGAGCCGCCCAGCGCCGCCCGCCCGGCCUCAUCCUGCCCCGAGAGCGGCCGGGCGGCUCACGGCCCGCAGCUGCAGCGCGUCCAUCGCCGGGAUGCACCCAGCCGUGCUCCAGCUGCCUGUCCCCAGCCCGGCCACCCCCGUGUCCUAUCGUGUCCCCGCAGUCGAUAUCCCAGCGGGGUCGAGCCGAGCGCUGGCGGCACCGCCGAGCUCGGAGCAUCCACACAUCCCUCGGCCCCGGGAGCGGGGGAGACCCCCGGGCCCAGCUCUGCCCCGCUGGCAAGGUCUGGCAGUGACAAAGGCACGGCGAGGUCGUGGUGACCCCGCCAUUGCCCUGGGGACAUUUGUCCCCUGCUCCCUGCCGGAGACCGUGGACUUUGAGCCGAGCCUGGGAGCGGCACUGGGACGCGUCUGGAGGCGCUGGCAUCGCCCCAAAGCUCCCCGAGACCUGGCUGCGGACAGCAGCGUCCCAGUGGCUCCGCAGUGACUGGGAAAGGUCAGCGACCUGCCGGUGGCCUGGAGCAGGAGGGACUGGACAGUGACAGGGAGAAGGUGCAGAGCCCCAGGGAGCAGCUGGAGCAGAGACGUGGCCAUCGCCUGCCCCAGCAGCCCUGUCCCAGCCUGGGGGACACAUCCAGCGCCUGUCCUGACUGUGCCAGCACCCUGUGAGGAGCCGGUGGCACCACCAUGUCCCAGGCAGGAGGAGCUGAGGAGGCCUUUGAACACCGUGAUGUGGUCAUCAACAGCCAGGACAAGGUUUCGGAUGUGUACACACAGCUGGAGAAGCUGGGGGAGGGGAAAUUCGGGACUGUGUACAGGCUGCAGGAAAAGGCCACGGGCAAAAUCCGGGCUGGGAAAUAUUUCCGGACACGCACAGCAAAGGAGAAGCAGGCGGCGCGGGCUGAGGUGGAGCUGAUGAACCUCCUGCAUCACCCACGCCUCGUGCAGUGCCUCGACGCCUUCCAGGGCCCCGCUGAGCUGGUGAUGGUGAUGGAGUACGUGGCAGGUGGGGAGCUCUUUGAGCGCAUCGUGGACGAUGACUUCGAGCACACAGAGCCCAGCAGUGCCCAGUACGUGCAGCAGAUCCUGGAGGGGCUGCAGUUCAUGCACGGCCAGGCCAUCGUCCACCUCGACCUCAAGCCCGAGAACAUCGUCUGCGUCAGCCCCGGCAGCCACUGGAUCAAGAUCAUCGACUUCGGCUUGGCACGGAAGCUGGCUGCAGACACCCCCGUGAAGGUGUUGCACGGCACCCCCGAAUUCAUGGCUCCAGAAGUGGUCGCCUUUGAGCCCGUGAGCUUCUCCACAGACAUGUGGAGUGUUGGUGUCAUCUGCUACAUCCUGCUGAGUGGGGAGUCGCCCUUCCAGGGGGACACCGACAUGGAGACCCUGAGCAAUGUCACAGCUGCCCAGUGGGACUUUGAGGAGGAGACCUUCUCAGAGAUCUCCCAGCAAGCCAAGGACUUCAUCAGCCAACUGCUGCAGAAGGACCCCUGCCGGCGGCUCCCCAGUGCGGGGGCUCUGCUGCACCCCUGGCUGCAGCACCCCCAGCCCAGCAGCCCCAGGGUGCUGUCCAAGGAGAGGAUCAGGCAGUUCCUGGCACGCCGGAAGUGGCAGAAAACAGGGAAAGCCCUGCUGGCCCUCAAGAGGCUGACCCUGCUGUCCCAGAGCGUGGAGGGGAAGGCAUCAGAGGCUCAGGAUGAGGAAGGCCUGGGCUGCAGCCUGGAGAAGGAACAGCCCCCCAGAGCUCUGCCCCAACGAGGUGCCAACCCCUUGGAGCUGCUGACAGACCGGGAGGAGGAGGAUGGUGGGAGCUUUGCAGCCUCAGGGCAGUGACAGCGUGGCCCUGGCACCCCCGUCCUGGACCACCUAGAGAUGGGGAUGGUGCCCUCUCCAGCAGCUCCCACGGUGACCUGGCCAGCCUGGGGCAGACCCAGAACCCCUGUGGGUGAGCUCUGGGGUCCCUGGUGUCCCUGUGCUGCUGUCCCUGCCAGGCACAUGCCACCA